UGACAUUUUUAAACCAGCCCCUUUCCUGGCUCUCUCUUUCUUUUCUUUUUCGGAUCAUAGUGGGAGGGAAUCAGGCAGCUCUGGAGAGCGAAGAGAUGGUGGAGAUCAUGGUAAACUAACAUUUGGUAGAACAAGUGGCUUCAAAAAGAACAGCAGUGAAACCAGAACAGCUGGGGAAGAGCAGGAAGACGUCCGAGGUGUGCUGAAGAGGCGAGUGGAAACUCGGGAACACACAGAGGAGAGCCUGAGGCAGCAGGAAGCUGAGCAACUUGAUUUCCGUGACAUUUUAGGCAAGAAAGUCAGCACCAAAAGUUUUUCUGAAGAGGAAUUGAAAGAAAUCCCAGCCGAGCAAAUGGACUUCCGAGCAAACCUGCAGCGGCAGGUCAAACCCAAGACCUUGUCAGAGGAGGAAAGGAAAGUUCAUGCUCCUCAGCAGGUGGACUUCCGCUCUGUGCUGGCCAAGAAAGGCACCCCAAAAACCCCAUUGCCAGAGAAGGUGCCACCUCCUAAACCAGGCAUUACAGAUUUCAGAUCUGUGCUGGGUUCGAAGAAAAAGCCACCUGCAGAGAAUGGCAGCACUAGCACCCCAACCCCAAAUGCCCGCACCAAUUCUGAAGCCCAGAAUGCGACCCCCAAUUCUCAAGCCCCUGUUGCCAAACCAGCAGUGAAAAAAGAAGAGAAGAACGACAGAAACUGUGAACAUGGGUGUGCAGUGGUGGAUGGCGGAAUAACUGGGAAAAAAGCUGAAAAUAAAGCAACUGCAAGCAAACCACCAGCAAGCAAAGGAACAGCACCCUCCUUUACAGAGAAGCUUCAGGAUGCUCAAGUAGUAGAUGGUGAAAAAUUGGUCUUACAAUGUCGGAUUUCCUCUGAUCCCCCUGCAGCUGUCACCUGGACUCUAGACAGCAAAACCAUCAAAUCAUCAAAGUCCAUUGUCAUCUCCCAAGAAGGGACACUGUGUUCACUUACCAUUGAGAAAGCCAUGCCUGAAGAUGGGGGCGAAUACAGAUGCAUAGCUGAGAAUGCAGCAGGAAAAGCUGAGUGUGCUUGCAAAGUGCUGGUAGAAGAUGCCUCAUCCACAAAAACCUCAAAGCCUACUGAGAAGAAGACCAAGAAGCCUAAGACCACACUUCCCCCUGUGCUGCCAACAGAGAGCAGUGAAGCAACAGUGAAGAAGAAACCAGCUCCAAAGACUCCUCCAAAAGCAGCUACUCCUCCUCAGAUUACUCAGUUCCCAGAAGACAGAAAAGUCCGUGCGGGUGAAUCAGUGGAACUGUUUGCCAAGGUGGUAGGAACAGCACCCAUAACUUGCACCUGGAUGAAAUUUCGUAAGCAGAUUGAAGAAAAUGAAUAUAUUAAAAUUGAGAAUGCUGAAAACAGCAGCAAGCUAACAAUAUCAUCAACAAAGCAGGAGCACUGUGGAUGUUACACCCUAGUUGUAGAGAACAAACUUGGCAGCAGACAAGCACAAGUCAACCUUACAGUUGUUGAUAAACCAGACCCACCUGCCGGAACACCUUGCGCAUCAGACAUACGGAGUUCCUCCCUCACUCUGUCAUGGUAUGGCUCCUCUUAUGAUGGUGGAAGUGCGGUGCAGUCCUACACUGUGGAGAUUUGGAACUCAGUGGAUAACAAAUGGACAGAUCUCACGACCUGCCGCAGCACCUCUUUCAAUGUGCAGGACCUCCAGGCUGACCGGGAGUACAAAUUCCGUGUGCGAGCUGCUAACGUGUAUGGCAUCAGCGAGCCCAGUCAAGAAUCCGAGCUGGUAAAAGUUGGAGAGAAACAAGAAGAACUUAAGGAGGAUGAAGUGGAGCUAUCUGACGAUGAAGGGAAAGAAACAGAGGUUGACUAUCGGACGGUUACUAUCAACACCGAACAAAAAGUUUCAGAUGUCUAUAAUAUUGAAGAAAGACUGGGAUCGGGGAAAUUUGGACAAGUCUUUAGGCUUGUUGAAAAGAAGACUGGAAAAGUUUGGGCAGGAAAAUUUUUCAAAGCAUAUUCUGCUAAGGAAAAAGAAAACAUAAGGGAUGAAAUCAGCAUCAUGAACUGUCUACAUCAUCCGAAACUUGUCCAAUGUGUAGAUGCCUUUGAAGAAAAAGCCAACAUCGUUAUGGUCUUGGAAAUGGUUUCUGGAGGAGAACUCUUUGAACGAAUCAUUGAUGAAGACUUUGAACUGACAGAGAGAGAGUGCAUUAAAUAUAUGAAGCAGAUUUCAGAAGGAGUUCAGUAUAUCCAUAAGCAGGGUAUUGUCCACUUGGAUUUGAAGCCAGAAAAUAUUAUGUGUGUCAACAAGACUGGUACAAGUAUCAAACUCAUUGACUUUGGACUUGCGAGGAGAUUAGAAAAUGCAGGUUCUCUGAAAGUUCUCUUUGGGACACCUGAGUUUGUGGCUCCAGAAGUUAUAAACUAUGAACCUAUUGGAUAUGAAACAGAUAUGUGGAGUAUAGGAGUUAUCUGCUACAUUUUGGUCAGCGGACUUUCUCCUUUCAUGGGAGACAACGACAACGAAACCCUGGCCAAUGUUACCUCAGCAACGUGGGACUUCGAUGAUGAGGCUUUUGAUGAAAUCUCCGAUGAUGCCAAGGACUUUAUCAGCAAUCUACUAAAGAAAGAUAUGAAGAGUCGCUUCAAUUGUACUCAGUGUCUUCAGCAUCCUUGGCUGCAAAAAGACACCAAAAACAUGGAAGCCAAAAAACUUUCCAAAGAUAGGAUGAAGAAAUAUAUGGCCAGAAGAAAAUGGCAGAAAACAGGCCAUGCUGUCCGAGCAAUAGGAAGGCUGUCGUCCAUGGCAAUGAUUUCUGGUAUGAGUGGGAGGAAGGCCUCUGGGAGCUCGCCUACCAGCCCUAUAAAUGCAGACAAAGUAGAGAACGAAGAUGCUUUCCUUGAAGAAGUGGCUGAAGAAAAGCCUCAUGUAAAGCCAUAUUUUACUAAAACAAUCCUUGACAUAGAGGUUGUAGAAGGAAGUGCUGCUAGAUUUGACUGCAAAAUUGAAGGCUACCCCGACCCUGAGGUGAUGUGGUACAAAGAUGAUCAGCCUGUCAAGGAGUCCCGUCAUUUCCAGAUAGAUUACGAUGAGGAUGGGAACUGUUCUUUGACUAUUUCUGAAGUAUGUGGGGACGAUGAUGCCAAAUACACCUGCAAAGCUGUUAACAGCCUUGGGGAAGCCACGUGCACCGCAGAACUCCUUGUGGAAACAAUGGGAAAAGAAGGAGAAGAUGAAGAUGAGGAGGAGGAAGAAUGAAACAAGGCUCAAAGAAAAAAAA